AUGAACUUUCUCCGCCAACGCCUUCCUGCCCCGAGGCAAGAUCAGCAAGCCCGACGAGCUCGCCAGCAAGGCGGACCGGAGGCGGCGAGCGAGAGCUACCAACCCUCGCGCAUCGCGCAACUCGCCCAGGAGUCUCCGACCUGGUACAAGUCCGCCGCCCGCCGAAAGCUCUACUUGCUCCUCUUCCCCGCCGCUGUCGUCUCGUACGCCACGAGCGGCUACGAUGGCUCGAUGAUGAACUCCCUCCAAACGGUAUCCUACUUUGACGACUUCUUCGACAACCCGCGCGGCGCGGUCCUCGGCUUGAUGAGCGCCAUCAUGGCUCUGGGGAGCAUCUGCUCCACGCCAAUCGCUCCCUGGGUCGCUGAUAAGUUUGGACGACGAUGGGGUAUCACGACGGGAAGCUGUAUCAUGAUCAUUGGUGCGAUUUUGCAGUGCGAGAGUACCGCGUUUGCCAUGUUUGUCGUGAGCAGAUUCAUCCUUGGAUUCGGGUUAUCGUUCGCGACGACUUCGGCGCCGAGCUUGGUUAGUGAGCUGUCGCAUCCUAAGGAUCGAGUCACCAUUACAGCUAUCUGCAACACCUGUUGGUACAUCGGUAGCAUUGCGGCAGCUUGGAUCACAUUUGGCACUCGAAACAUCCCAAGCACCUGGUCCUGGCGAAUCCCGUCUCUUCUUCAAAUGGCACCUAGUGUGGUUCAGCUCGCGGCCAUUUGGUUUGUUCCCGAGUCUCCACGCUGGCUCAUUUCACAUGAUCGUGGAGAUGAAGCGAUGGAGGCUUUGAAACAAUACCACGGUGAAGGCGAGGAGACGGAGUUAGUCAGAUUGGAGUUUGAAGAGAUCAGAGCGGCUAUUGAUAAUGAGAAGAGGCUUGGAAGCACUACUUGGGCAUCCAUGGUCAAGACCAAAGGCAACAGAUACCGCAUGUUCCUUGUUGUUUGCAUGGGAUUCUUCUCUCAGUGGUCCGGUAAUGGACUGAUUGCUUAUUACCUUUCGAGAAUCAUGGAUACAGUCGGCAUAACAAACAAGAACACCCAAGCUCUGGUAAACGGCCUCCUCAACAUCUGGAACUUCGGCCUCGCCCUGACCACUGCAUUCUUCGUCGAACGUAUUGGCCGCCGACCUCUCUUCCGUAUCUCGACCUGCGGCAUGCUCGUAGUCUUCAUAGGCUGGACCAUCGCCUCGGCCCGUUUUGCCGAGACUAGUGCCAGCUCUGCCGGCAUCGCCGUCAUGGCCCUAAUCUUCAUCUACCAAAUCUUCUACUGCAUCGCCUUCUCGCCCUUGCCGGUCGCAUACUCCGUCGAGGUUCUUCCGUACUCCAUUCGCGCCAAGGGCAUGGCAACAUAUGUCUUCUCAACCAAGGCUGCCGUCUUCGUCAACCAGUACGUCAACCCCAUUGGCAUUCAAAAUAUUGGGUGGCGCUUCUAUAUCGUCUAUGUUUGUAUCUUGGCUGUGGAGGCUUGCAUCGCGUAUGGUUGGUUCUUGGAGACUAAAGGCAAAGCUUUGGAGGAGAUUGCUGUCAUCUUUGAUGGCGAGCAGGCCAAUGUUCGAAUUGCUGAGAAUGGGAAGGGGGACGGGCCCAUUGACGUUGAGGAAACCGAGCAUGCAACUUCAAAGGUUUGA